AUGACUCACUCACGACCCCACUUGGCGCAGGAUGGUCGCACCUACUACCACAACACUGCAACCAAUGAAACGAGCUGGAACCCGCCCCCAGCCCCAGCCCCAGCCCCGGCACCAGCCCCACAACAACAGACACCCGGGACUUGGCAGGAAGCUCGCGCCCCCGAUGGGCGUGUGUACUACUACAACACUGUCACUCAGGCCACCUCCUGGGAGAAGCCAGCCGGUUAUGCAACUGACCCUGCCGCAGCCACCUCAACGCCCGCUACAACGACCAGCACAGGCGCCGCCGCUGCGACUAGCAACAAGUCUGCUGACGAAAAGCCGGAGAUUCCAGAAUUUGCCACAAAAGAGGAAGCCAAAGAGGCCUUCACCAAAAUGUUGUAUGACCUUGAAUGCCGCUCAAACUGGCCAUGGGACAAGAUUGUUCGCGCUUGUACCAGCGACGGCCGAUUCCAUGUCUUGAAGAAGGGGGAAAAAAAGCAAGUUUGGAACGCUUGGCGCGGCAAGCGCGCCAAGGAAGAGAAAGAAGAACUGCGUGCACAGGCUCGGGAAGCACGAGAGAAGCUCAAGGUCUUUUUUGCUCAGCAAGAAGCCACGGGCCCCGAACUGCGCCCCAACGAAGCCGUGGAUCUGUUCCGCUCCUUCCCCGAACUCAACUCAAAGGUCCUCUCCGAUCGCGAAAUGGAGAGCAUCUACGACGAAGCCCUCCGCGUCAAAAUGGAUGAGGAGAAGGAAAGCUUUCGACAGCGCGCCGAGCGCACUGAGAAAAAGUUUGAGGAGCUUUUGGCCGAUACCCCAGCCAUCACCGAGGCCUCAACCUGGGACGAAAUUAUGGAUGCUUUGAGCGCUGAUCCUCGCUUCAAGGACGAACCCGAUUUUGCCUUUUGCUGGCAACAUUCCCAUGUUCCUUCCUCACAACUAUUGUCGGGUUUGACUGGCGGCUCACAGGAGGAUGGCAUCCUGGAUUGCCUGGUCGCAUAUGAACGGCGGCUCGAUGCCUACUCGCGCAAGAAGGACGAGGAGUACAAAGCAGCCAUUGAUGCGGAUCGACGAGAGGACCGCAAGAAGCGCGAAGCUUUUGUGGAGCUGCUUGACCAAAUGAUCAAAGACGAGAUCGUGACCGCCAAUAGCGUGUGGCGCAUCACGUAUCCAGAGAUGCUCAAGCAUACUGCUUACACGGACAUGAUGGGUGUGCCGGGCACGACGCCGCUGGACUUUUUCAAGAUUCGCACCAACGAAUUGCAACAGACGUAUCGCCGCGAUAAGGCCUUGAUCAAGGACAUUUUCAAGGAGAAGGACUUUGUGGUAACGGUCACCACGACGGGCGAAGAGUUUAUGGAGUUGUUGCAGAACGAUGACCGGGUGGCCUCCGUAUCGGCACUCCAUCUCAAAAUGAUCUUCGAGUCAAUGCUGGAGCGAGCGCUGCGCAAUCAGAAGCGUGAAGCAGAAGCUAACCGUGACACGCGCGAAGAUGCCUUCCGCGACCUUUUGUCGCGCAACCUCAUUGCACUAAAAGCAGAUACAGAAUGGAAGGAUGUGGAGUUCAUGUUCAAGGAUGAACCCUCGGUUCAGGCCUAUGAGAAGGAUCCUGAGACUCUGCUCAAGGUCUUUCGGGCCUUCUUGGCCAGCGAUCCUUGGCGGUCAUCUGAAGGCGGUGAGCCCGACGCCAAAAAGGUCAAAACAUAA